CAAAACCAAGGUUCUCAACGUAACUACGAGUCGGGUUUCUGUAGGCCCAAACGCGGAACGAUUGUGCGUGCGUGGAAGACCGUUGGUUCCAAAUCCAAAGUUUCAGACAGUCGCGCGGGAAUGAAGGCGAGCCGAUUACCAAGUCCGUUGAUCCCACGCCUUUCCCGCUCUCGCUCUCUUUGUGUCUCUUCCCUCUUCGCUACAAUGAGAAUCGCCCUCCCACAAUUAGGCAUUCCCAGCUCUCACGACGUAAGUCAGAAAAAAUACGAACACCACCAGCAGCAAUCGCAUCUCCAUUUCCUGAUUUUUCUUGCUUCGGGUUCGUAUUUUGUCUGAAUUCCUGUCCCUCUGACAGCCAUUGCAAAAUCUGAUCCGGGAUCUUGUUCUUCGCCGCGAGGGUUCGGCUUUGUUUGGUUUUCAGGGUUUUGGUUUGCUUGGUGUUGUUUGCAAGUGUUAUUGUGUUUGCUAUUUGAUACUUGGAAAUGUGGAGGGACAACGGAACUCCUACUGAUUCUUACUAUCUGGUCCGGCCCGAAUGCACCGAUGUUCCCAAAACCAAAUUCAAGAUUAAGGCCGGCAAAACUCUAAGUGUGCGAAAAUGGCAGGCUGCAUUUUCUCCAGAAGGUCAGCUUGAUAUAGGCAGGACUCUUGGUCGAAUCUACCGUGGGGGGAUCCAUCCUGAUAUUAGAGCAGAAGUCUGGGAAUUUCUUCUUGGCUGUUAUGAUCCUGGGAGCACCUGUGAUGAAAGAGAUCAAAUACGGCAACGUCGCAGGUCAAUGUAUUCUGUGUUGAAAGAAGAGUGCAAGCAAAUGUUCCAGGUUGUUGGAAGUGGUCGGUUCAUAACUGCACCUAUAAUCACUGAAGAUGGUGAUCCUAUUCAAGAUCCUAUAGUGCUUCUGGAAACAAAUACAGACAACGGAGUGGCUUCAGUUUCUCCAGAAAAUGGUAAUGCCAAAAAAUACAAGUCUCUUUCUGGAAAUUCAAUGGUGAAAGAGGAGGACAAGAGAAUAAUCCAAUGGAAGCUUACACUGCAUCAGAUAGGUCUAGAUGUGGUUCGCACUGACAGAACACUAGUUUUCUAUGAGAAGCAAGAAAAUUUGUCAAAACUUUGGGAUAUCCUUUCAGUUUAUGCCUGGUUUGAUAGAGAUAUUGGCUAUUGUCAAGGAAUGAGCGAUCUUUGCUCACCCAUGAUAAUGCUCUUUGAAGAUGAAGCAGAUGCAUUUUGGUGUUUUGAGCGUUUAAUGCGCAAAAUGCGAGCAAAUUUCAGAUGCACUGAGAGAUCUGUUGGGGUAGAGACACAACUCAGUAGCUUGGCAGCUGUUAUUCAAGUUAUUGAUCCAAAGCUUCAUCAGCAUUUAGAGACCCUAGGUGGAGGUGAUUAUUUAUUUGCUUUCCGUAUGCUCAUGGUUUUGUUCCGUCGAGAAUUCUCUUUUGGUGAUUCAUUGUACCUUUGGGAGAUGAUGUGGGCUCUGGAAUAUGACCCUGAAUUGUUCUCCGUGUAUGAGGACCCUGAUUCAGUUGCCGAAAAAGCUGAAGGAUCUAAAGGAAAAGCUAAGUCAUCAAAACAAUUUGGGAAGUAUGAGAGAGAAUAUAUAAAAAGUGGAGCAAGAAGUGCUGAUGCUCCACUCCCCAUCUCUGUCUUUCUUGUUGCCAGUGUCUUGAAAGAGAGAAGCCCAAAGUUACUGUCAGAGGCCAGGGGCCUGGAUGAUGUUGUUAAGAUAUUGAAUGACAUAACUGGAAAUCUGGAUGCCAGAAAAGCGUGCAUCGGGGCAAUGAAACUUCAUAAGAAGUAUCUAAAAAAGAAAACGCUGCUGGCCAAGAAUGGAGGAGUAGCCUAAACUUUUCUUGCUCAAGCAUGAAUACAAGACCUCAUCAAGAGAGCAGGGUGUUUCUUCCACAAAGUUUGAACCGAUUUGGCAAGAAGAGAGGAGAGUAUUAUACUUGGAAAUUUUGGCUGAGUGCGCCCAUUUUGUGUUCUCUCCAACCAGGAAAAAGAAUUCUGAUGGGAGCAUGUGUUGUAUAUCAAAACAUUCUUUGUAAGGCAUGGUAUGAAAGCGUGAUGAAAUAUAAGGAAAAAAAUUUCGUUCUUUUAAGAUUGUGCCCCUUACAGUGAAGUCGUUGACAUGUGUUAAAGUAAGAUUGAUUGAGAUAAUAGUGAAUUUGUGACUCACUGAAUUUC